AAGGCUCUCGAAUCUCUCCUUCAACAAUCAUUAUAUAUCUGUUCCCUUUUCCAAUGGUGAGAACAGACUCAGCGCUCUCCUAGAUUGGAUCUGGAAAAAUGGUAUGCGAGGAUUAGGGUUUUAGCCGCCGGCGUUUUCUCCCGCCUUAGCCGUCAACGAUAAUAAAGCUUCUAGUCGUCGUCUCGAAUCGCCGCCGCCGUCUCCAAUCGCCGCCGCCGUUAUCGUAUUUGCCCGUCGCCGUCGUCGAUUUGAUCGUUUCUCUGCUAAUUAAUGCGCACGGAUCUACUCUCAUCUCUCUGAUAUUUAUUUAAUCGUUUGAAAGUUUUCGUCAAAUCAUCAGGUGCGGCGGUAUAUUAAUGAAGAGAGAACAGGUAUUGAAAAACCCUAAGAAUGUCUGCCUUUAUACGUUAUUUAUUCGUUGUGUCUUCUUCAUUUAGAGGAGACCAUUUUUAAGCGACACAAAGGCUUUUGGCUGCCAGAUCUUUGAAUUGAGAAGACAUAAAUAUAGGGUUCUCUAUCAAGUCGGAAUGGCGAGGCUCAUUAACGGCGUCAUAAAUGGCACUUCCGUAGAAAUCAAUCAUGUGGUUCUAUUACUGGAUUCAACAGGCGAAGCUAGAAGCUAUAAUGUUGUUGAUGGCAUCUUCUUCCUUGUGCUUUCGUCGAUAGAUGAAUGAACCUUCUUGUUGAUUUGAUUAAGACAAUAAUACUUCCUUCUUGGGCCAGCUUUGGAACCUUUUUCCAGGAUCACCGUUAUUGCAUCCAAGUGGAAUUUUAUACACAAAUACUCUAGUAAAUACGUGCUCUUGGUCCCUCAAUUAUGACGUAAGACAUCCCUAUGGCUUCCUUAUGGGAAUCGGGCAACUGCCCGCAAAUGCCCCGCCCAUGCGUUCGUUUCUGGUUGGGGCUCACUUUCUUCCUUGGUUCAAUUGAGCUCAGUAACGAGGCCAGCCCGGUCAGGGCGGAAUGAUAAAGAUAGAUCUAGAAGGGGACGAUAUUAGGGGGAUCGUGUGAUGGUCCCUUUAAAGGCCACACAUAGUUAAAACUUUAAUGAAAGAUUGACCUAAAUGAACAUUGAAUCAAGUCUUUCUUCAGAUCCAUGAGGACGACUUGUGGCGGGAUUUUUGAUGCAAUAUUGCAUGCUUGUUGAUGGAUGUAGUGUCCUUUACAUGUCUUCACUGCAUCCUUAGGACAGAAGUUGGUUAGCGUAAAGAAUCGUGGCCUUUGGGGUACUAAAUGGGUUCUAGACUCCCUCCUGUACUUGUGCCGGUUUAGUUUCUCCUGGGGUCUUAACUUGCAAGACUUGUGGAAGACCGUCUUUUGAAGGAAUGGGACAUUCAUCUGCAAACAUGCUUGAUACCUGCAAUCUAGAACGUACUAACUUUAUGGAUCCUGAACUGACUUGGAAGACAGUGAAAAAAGGCUUUAGAAGUUCAUCUAGGCGUUCAAGGAAACCUGCCAGGACCUUGAAUGUGGUUGUGCAACAGGUUGAUAAGAGCAGUAAAAGGGGGAAGCCAUCGGUUUCUGAGUCAGAGAAGCUUGGUGUUGCUGUUCUUGGGCGACGUUUUGCUGAGAAAAUAGAGCAUGUUCCAAUUAAGAAAAGGAGACCACUGCUCCAGUCUCCUACAACACCACCUCAAACCCCCUCACCACAUCGUGAAGAGUCUCUAUCAUCUCAGCCUUCCUCUUCUCCACAACCUGAUGAUUUUGAUCAGAAAACAGAGAAUAAAGGUAUUUCAAGUCCAUGGUGGUGUUCAGAUGAUAGUUGUUUCCCUAUGGCAGUGCAGUUGUGUAUGAAGAAUGAUUUUGGGAAUAAUCGAAAGUGUUCCAAGGUAUGUAAUGGAAAGCUUGGUUACACUGAAGACUUCUCAGGUAUUGCACUUCUUGCGGCUGCCGCAUGCAAUAGCAGCACUAGUGAUGAUGCUCAGGAAGAUCAGAAUGGUCCAACAGUAGAUGAUUUCUUGACAUCAGGUCAAAUUGUCUCUUCAAUAUCUGCUACACCUUUGGAGAAAAGUACUACGCCCUCGGAAUCAGACAAUCUGUUUCUGAAAGAGUCUGUAAACGAAGAGAGUAUUGAUGAUUUGGUAGUUCAGGAUAAUUCUGUGGUUUUGGCGCAGAAUUUACUGGAUAAGGGAGAGAGUGCCAGAAAGAGUUCAUCUUCUAAGAAAGAAGUCAGGCUACACUGGGAUCUGAAUACUGUGAUGGAGGCGUGGGAGCUACCCCGCGAUGAUCUAAGCACUGUUUCUCAAAGAAAUGGUUCAGACGAUGCCCCUGAUGUUAUUGUGCAUGGUGAAAAGCCAGAGAAAUUGGAAGGUCGUGUCAAUUAUAGGGAACACUUGCAUGCUCCGGAACAGUUAUAUUAUUCUGCUGCAAGAACUGAUGUUUCUACUCAGUUUGUCAGCAAGGAUAAAUCCCUUGAUACUUGUCUUUUCCCUGGAUCUGAGCCCAUCUCAAACAGGGCUCUUUCUGAGGAAAAGGUAAAUUCAUCUCCUACCAGUGUUAUCAUAUCGAAUAUGGAAGCUUCUAGUGGAAUUUCUGCCAUCUUACUUGGCCAAAAGGUAUUCAUAGAGAAUGUUGCUCCCGGUAUUCACCUUGAUACAACAAUAUCGGGUAAGGUUGUUUGUGAGAGUGACAGCAUUCAAGCCCAAGAAGUUUCUACAAAAGCGGUUGAUUUACCUGGUGAUAGAACCUCUCUAACAGAGUUGGUUAGUUCAGCCACCUGUCAAUUGUCAGUUGUGGGGUAUGCAAGUAAAUCCGGGAAAUCAGGUCUUUCCAAUGCUUCACCUGUUCAUGACAAUUCUUUUGGAUUAGACACCACUUUUAGAGAAGGGCAACCUAUUGUUGCCGUUGAUGUGGAGAGGAAACAAGACAAAGAAGCUCCUACUGCAGAUGCUGUUCCUAUGGAUUCUUCAUUCCAUUGGGAGAUGAAGGAACUCACGCCCAAGUAUUAUGAAUGUUUUGGAAAUGUUGAUUUAGCAGAUGCUAUUGAUGAUGGGAAGGGCUUAGAUGUUUCUAACAGAAGAAAUGGUCCAACUGUCUGUGCUGAGAAGAUGAACCAGAUUGAGGGGGGUUACGAGUCUCCAUUCGAGGAUGGAGAAUUGCGGGAGUCAGACAUAUAUUCCUGUGAGGAGAAUGACGGUGACGGUGAAAUUGAAUGUGUGGACUAUGAUUCUGAUUGCAGAGACAGAGAUGGAUUUAAUGUUGCUAGUCAAUGUACGUCAGAAGUUGGUUCUGAUAGUUAUGUUAAUGGUGACAAUGGAGGUUUUCCAGAUAAAGAAUUGCAAUCUGGAAGAGCUAAUCCUCUUAAGGGAUCAAGCCAUUCGUCGAGUUUGAUGAAGCGUGCUGGGCAGAAUCAUUUUCCUGGAGGUUUUGACUGUUCUACUGAAAGGACUAGUGAAGCAAAUAAUAUUGACACACAAAAGAAAUUUGCUGCUGAAUUGAUGGAAGGACAUGGUGUCGUAGGUUCUUCUGCUGGAGAGGUUGGCUCAAGGGCAAGCAGGUUCAUUUUUUCAUCGAAUUUUGAAGGAACAUCUUGUUCCGAUGCCUUGCAUAGAAGCAAUAAUGUUUAUAUGCAGCGAGGAAGGAAUGACACCUGUUUUCAACCUGGAAGGAUGUUCACUUCUGAAAAGUACUUGGAAAGGGAUAGAUCACUACAGCGUCGAAACCAAGUGGAUUCAAGAAACUAUUAUCAAACUGGCUACUCACAAGGUACUCGGUACCCCAGGCCAAGAAGUAUUGCUAAUUCUGGGGCAAAGAUUGACAGAUUGACCUUUCGUGAUCAGAGACGGUAUACGAAUUAUUCCUCGAAGGAUGAGCAUAGACCCCCAAUUAGACAGAGAUCACCGGCUGACAGUGAUGAUGGUUAUAGUGCAUCUAGGAGAACAGUAGUAGCAAGAGAUACCAUUGACCACAUUAGGAGCAGAGGCAGGGGCAGAAUAUAUGGACAGGGGUUUAGUAGAGUCCCGAGGGAGGAUUAUGAUGGACCUUUGUCUAACAACCCUGCAUCGUUUUCUGUUCGUCCGCCACAUUAUAUUUCUAGGAAGGAACGCAGCUUUUCUCCCAUUCAUGGCAGAGGCGCUAGUUUUUCCGGACCGCAACAGAAUUCUCGAUCGCGAUCGAGAAGCAGAUCGCUUACAUUUCGUGUGCAGAGGGCAAGGAACAUGGUAGGGAGACGCCUGAGUAGAUGUCCAGAAUUCAGGUCUGAUGCCAGGAUGGGGAGAGGAAGGAUGCCCUUUCCGAAGUCCAAUUAUGCCAAAUAUGAUGAAGAUGGUCCCAUGUCCCCAUCAAGUACUCACUUCUCACAGCGUCAUCCCAGAUGGAUCGAUGAUGAAAAUUGUGAGUCCAAUAGUUUUGUGGAGAGAAAAUCACCAGGAAGAUUGAUUGGUGCAAGACAAAAGUUCGAUUUUGGGGGGUUUCGUGGAAGAACAAAGUCAGAUGAGUGUUUUAGACCCAUGACACGGCCUGGAAGGUUUGCUGAUUAUUCUGAUGGAGGUGAUAGGGAACAUAAGUAUAACGGAGGUGACAGGGAGAGGACAAAAUAUCACGACAAAUAUGAUAACAUUGGGAAGAAUCAUGGUCUGAGGCGCUGUAACACCAGUGGAGUGACAAGGCGGUUCCGCAUCGAUGAAAAAGGUUGUUCUAUGUUGCGUAAUAGUCUCAAUGAAGAAAGCUGUAUUAACGUUACUGACAGAAGAGAUAUACAAAGGAGCACCACGGAAGGCCAAAGUCCUUUCAGAUUUAGCAGUGAAAGGAUGUAUGCUUCUGGCCCCAAGAUGUCUAGAAUUUUGUGUGAUUCUAAUGGUGAUGUAUCACCCAGCAGAGGAUGACCGAUGUGGCCUUUGCAAUCAUAGGCUUCUCCUUUUUGCACGGUUUUUACAGUAGAUAGGAUGUCUUACACCUGAUCAGAUCAGAUUCUUUUUGUCCUUUUGGUUGAUAAAUUAUUAUUUUUUGAAUUGUUAAGCUGCCUUAUUCUAGGUCGCAGUGCUUAGUGCUUCUGGAAGUUAUUGUUAACCAUUCUAUUUUCGUUGAGGGAUUCUAAUGGUUUUAUUGUA